UCAUAGGGUGAUCAAGAGGGUGAACGGAUAACUGAAUGUAGGCAUAUUCAUAUCAAUUCUAGAUUUCAUUAAUAAGUUCAAAACAAGAAACAUCAAAAUGUACGCGACUUUAUGGAAAUUACAAGAUAUUGACCCUGGUUGAUUAACACGAAGACCAUUGUUUUAGUAUGGAUUCACACGAACAGCAGUUGAGAAAUCCGCGUUAUAGAGACUGGGUGAAGGCGGGUCUUGCUUUAAAGUAUCUUAAAGAUGGUAUACAGGAAUUCGUAGAUGAUGAGGUCAAAGCUCAAGGGAGGAGCAUAUUAGAGGAGGUCCGGAAGGAACUUGGACGGCCUGACGCCACCUGUAACCAAUGUUCCAUUGAUAUGUUACUUCCAGCUCAUAAACGUGGCACUUGUGGACAGGGGAAUCGAUGCUUUUGUCGUUACGACCCGCAACAUAGGCGAAUACCCUGUCCUAAUGAUGUCUGUGGAACAAUAUUUGAUAAAAUCGCCCAGCAACACAUGAAUGGUAGACCGUCCUGGGGAAACACGGACUCUACAAAAUGGUGCACGAGUCACUGGGAGAUUGCAAAGUGUUUUAUAGAUGGUGGAGGCUAUGUGGAAAAUGUUAGCGCCGCCGACACCGACUGCAAGGGUCUGUUGAGUAUUGUAACAAACAACAUGUUUAUACAAAAAAGUGUUAAUACACCGAUUGACAAAUUCGAACCGAAAACCGACGUUUUCUCUAAGAGUAGGAAGGCUAGGAACGAGAUUCUCCACCUUGCAUCGCUCGAGAUCCAAGCCGGGAAACUAAACAGCUAUGUUGAUGUUAUGAUACAAUUGCUCGGAGACGGAGGAAAACUACACACACACCGACAUGCAAAACAAGCAAUAUCUAAACUCAGACAACUGAAGAAAGCAGACUUGAUCAUAAGUACUGAAGACGAAUGGAAUAUUCGCGAAUCGGCAUUGAAAGCGGUUGAGGAGAAGAGACAAGAAGCGCUUGAUGAAAUGGAUGAGAAACAAAAAGAAAUUUUAGAGAAACUCCAAAUUGAACAACUCAAAGAAUCACUGGACAAACUGUCGAAAACAUCCUCAGAAGCAACACAGUCUUUGUCAAAUAGACAAGAGGUCUUAGAACAGAGGCAAACAUUGUUAGAGAGUACCAUGAAACAGAUGCAAGAGUUGCAGUCAGAUACAGCAAAGAAAAUAAUGGAUUUGCAACAGGAGUUGUCAAGUUUGAAAACAAAACUAACAUCAUCAGAUAAAGUGACGUUACUUCACAAGAAGAGGCUUACCUACCUUAAACACAAAAAAGACUUGAAAAACGAGUUAAUCUGUUUGUAUUCGAAACACUUGUCAACAAUACCAAUAUCUCCGCUACUGAAGAAACUCGACGCAAGAGUGGAUGACUUUUAUAUGGAAUUAAACGUCUGUGAUGAGCUGGUACAUGAACGGGGAAGUAACAGGACCACCACACAGGGCUAUAAUAAUAUUGUUUCAAACUAUCGCGAUAUUUUCUACAAAGAAAACAAGAGAGUUGAAAACAUUUUUGUUUUAGGAGACGCAGGUGUAGGAAAAUCAACGUGGUGUUUGAAACUGAUAGAUUCGUGGAUUAAUAGCAUGAAGAAACAAGAAAGUGGACCGCAAACUAAAUUAAACGAAGACGAAAAAAUGCUUCACGAGUUUGAUAUUGUGUUGUUCAUUUCUUUAAGACAUGCAUCAAAGGAAGUAGACCUUACUGAAAUGAUUCGCAACCAGAUAUUUCCCCAGACACCUAAUUUAUUUGAAUACGCAGAGGACAUUUUAAAGGAAGAGCCCGAAAAGUGUUUAGUUGUUGUUGAUGGUCUUGAUGAAUGGAAUACUCCGGAAUCUUCAUUGUCGUCACCUCUCGGUCAGGACCCUUCAUUUCCAGGCCGGAAAGACAUGAACCACUGCACUGUCCUCACCACUACUAGACCGUGGAAGUUAGAUGACAUCAGGCCAAGUUAUGCAACUAUUGAUCGAGCCAUUAUCAUAAAGGGAAUCAAAAGUAAUAUAAACGUUGGUGAUUUGGCGAGAAAAGUUAUUAGCAAGCUUAAUCAAAACGAAUCUCAUCAAAUAAACUCAAAUAAGAAAAAUGCGGAAGACUUUGUGCAGGAAGUAAAAAGCCGCUUCCAUGUAAAAUAUGGUCUACCAGAUUUGAUGAUAAUUCCUCUUAUUGCGAUAUUUAUGGUUCUUAAAUGGUUUAAAGAUGGUUCGUUGGAAAGUACCAUGGCUGGUAACUAUUCCUCUUUAUUGGAAAAUAUUCUAGACCACGAGGAAGGGUAUCGAAAUAUAAUGCCAAAAUAUGGACAGAAACGAAAGUAUGAUGGAAGGCUCUCCAGUGUUCCAUAUCUAGAACAAGUCAAGAUUGAAUGGUCAAAGGAAGCCGAUAUGCUUCCGGAAUGUUUAAAGAAACGACCAAUUUCCUUACAGUACAGCAAACUUAUUUUGAAGCUUUGUAAAAUUGCAUUUGAAGGACUAUUUGAAAAUAAAACCAACACACUCGUUUUCAGCGAGGAAAUUCUUCUAAAUAAACUUACUCCGGAAGAAUUGGAAGUGUCGGUCAAAUCUGGUAUAUUAUCAAAGACAAAUAUCAUUGGUAGUAUUUCAUUAGAAAUGUCUAAACUUUCGUUUUUACAUAAAACUUUACAAGAGUAUCUGGCUGCAAUUUAUCUGGUUGCCUAUAAUGACAACGAAGUUAACCCAUUUCAAAUAUUUGAAAAAUACUGUGAAACGUAUAAUAGAAUAAACGAAAUUGAAAAUGUGAUAUUGUUUGCCUGUGGAAUUGACACCAGCCUUGCCGUUGACAUGUUGAAACAUGUUACCAAAGUUGAGCAUAGUAGGAUGUGCUUAAAUAAAAAUCAGCAUCAUUCUUUCUUAUUUCGUUUGAAAUGUUUACGUGAGUUCAGAAACGUAAAAUUUGGGACUCCCGUGCCAAAUGUGCCGUUGAACGCAAUCAACUUUGAAAGCCAGCCCGAUUUUGAGGAUUGUCUCGAUUUGUUAAAGACAGAUACAAACAGGAUUAGAAGUAUUAGGAUGCACUUGAAUUUUCUAUCAGCAACAGCACAAACCAGGUUGCUGGAUUGUCUUUCUACCGGAAAUUAUUCCUUUUCUAAUUUAACGACACUGGAUAUGCAGUUCGACGCGUGUAAUUACUGCUGCACAAGGACUAAAAAACGUUUGUCCUUGCGUCUUUGCAAUCUGAAAGAACUAAACUUAACUUCUGUCAGCCGCGAAUGUUCUAAAGGUCCCAAUGGCCACAAACUUGGAUAUGUAGUGUUUGAUUUUUCAGAAUGCAUAAACUUGAAAAAAGUCUAUAUACUCAGAUUUGUUUCUUGUGAGAUGGUAUUCACAGAUAAGAAACUUAAAUAUGUAAAACUGUUAGGUAUGAGUGUAUGUGUAGUGCGCAUACAUGCACUUAACGAAAGAACUCCUUGGCAGGGAGAAGAAAAAGUGUUGGAACAAAUUGACUGUGAAAAAGUUGAAAAUUCUUCUUUCAUAUUGAGCUCCACUAAUUUCACGAUGAAGUCUUUUGAUGUCAAAGAAUGCAAUAAGUUCAAAGUGUAUCUCGUUGACAUCUGUCAUAAUGGGCAGGCCACUAAAAUGCAGAGUAAUCAGUCAUCAGAGGUUGCGUCUUUGGUUUGUAAGAAAAAUUCACAAUGUAAAAUCGACGUUGGUGCCGGCAUUACAAUUCAAAACGUAUAUUUGCUCAAUGUAGAUAUAAUUCCAAAUAUACCAUGGGGGAAAGUAUCAUGUAUAACAUUAAAUCAAGCCAUGGAUUUGAGAAACGAAGAGUUGUAUUAUGAUAUUCUAACUAAAUUAGAUUAUUCAGAUAGCCUCAUAUCUUUACACUGUCUUGGAUUUACUACAAAGGUAUUUUUCAAACUACUGAAGACAAUAGAAGCAACGAAGUUUCUUCAAACUCUCGAAAUUAUAGACCCAAAAGAACCACUGAAAAAUCUUAAUAUUAAGCCAAAUAUUCAUGGAAUAAAACAUUUAAAGUUUCACGGUUUGAAUAAUCAGUUUUUAGAGAACUGGAGCACAAAAACGUCAAAUCUAUGCAGCAUUGAAACUCUAGACAUGUCUUCAGAUGGCAUUCUGGCUUGGGACUUGGAGUUUAACUAUCUCCCAGCUGGAGGCUUGGAAGAAAAACAAAAGAAAUUUUCAGGUAAAAGCAACAGCGAUAUCCUUAUCGUUAUGGAGAAAUUGUUUUGUACAAGUGUGUUACCUAAGGCAAUGUUCUUUUCAAUGCGAUCAAUGGUUAAUCUUAGAUGCUUGAAAUGUCAGGGCUUUACAGAAGAAAACUUCAACUUGAUAGGAGAAUGCUUAACAGAACUUCCUCAUCUUGAAGAGCUUGGACUAUCGUGUUUCUUCUGGCAUAUUCUAGAAAACCAGUCAUUGUUCUUAUGCUUAAGACAGAUUAAAAAGUUAAAAACCAUUUACUUAGCAAGUUUGUCUAACAAAGUAUCAUCGGCAAUGGCAGAGAGUUUGCCAAAUUUAGGAAUCAGUGAGCUAGUGAUUGAUGACUGGGGUGCCGAUGUAUUCAUUGGUUGUAACUGCAUGUUUACUGAUAUAUUGAAUUCCGUUCCAAACUUGGAAGCGCUAAAAAAGCUAACAAUUGAACGAUUACAGGAAGAUCAUUUUACCAACCUUUAUGCUACAAUACCAAAACUCAAAGAAAUAGAAUAUAUAAUGUUGAGUGUAGCGGACGAAUAUUUGAUGCCUUUAAUGAAUUUAUGUGACAUGCCUAAUUUGAAAACGUAUGUGUUGAAAGGAGCAAACUUGGAGGAAAACAAUUGGCAAACAUUUGUUCAGCGUUUGCCUAGUAAAGGUCAGCUGCAGACUGUGAAACUUCUUGAAGCUUUUAUCAGUUAUGAAGAAACAGAACGAAAAAUUAAAUCUACUCCAGUUUUUACAAUUCAAGAAUGGGAAUGUACAGGAUACAGUAGAUAUAAUAUUACUCUCAAAACAGCUAACUGAAAAUUAUUUCACAUGCACUCAUUCAUUCAAGAGAGAAAAUGAUAUAUGAAUAGUUGUAAUAUGAUAAGUAUACAAUUUGAACUGCGUGUUUACUUUCUUUUGUGUAUUUAAUAUAAAAUAUACUGAACAAAACAGACAACCUGUUGUUUGGCUUAAAAACUACUUAAAUUACUUUUUCGAAAUAUAGAGAACGCUAAGUAUUAAUUAUAUAUUGCUAAUGAGAUUUCAAAUUUUCGACGAAAUAAAAGAAUGCCAAGGCACUAAUUCGACUGCAGCCAUUUUCCAUUUCUGAAAAUGCAAAAAAAUACAAACAAGCGAAAAUAUUGUUGGUAGAAACCUAUAACAAAAACAAACUAACGUCGUUGUUUCGCCCUAUCUUAAAGAGCAUAUAAUUUUUGUGUGAUAUUUAACCAUGUCUUAUAAAAAAUGCUGUAUAAAUGCUAAUCACUCGUUUCCUUAAACCACAACUUUUAUGUGUAUUUUUAUGCCUUGAGGUAGUAUUAUGAAUAAAAUUAUAUCUCUGCGUAAUCCGAGUUUUGAAAUUUUAAAAUUACUAACUACAGUAAGCUUAUUUCAGACAUGUGUUUUAACAGUUUUUUGUGCAAUAAUGCAAAAAGCGUAACAAAAUAGUACCAGAAAUCAAUAUUUUUGCAUUGUCAUGCAACCAUACUUUGUGUAGUAUUUAUUAUGUAGCACAAUAAUACAAUCAUCUUUGUGUGCUAAAACACAGUGGAAAUCUAUACGGAACGGUGAAUAGGAACGCUGAUAAGAUUUAAUACUAUAACUCGUGUGUUGAACGCAAAACUGUCAUAGCUCCUUCGUUAAUACAUAUUAGUCACAACAGUUUUGCAUCCAACCGAAUAUAGCAUAUGCACGGUUGGAAAAACAGACUACAUGGACUGGAUAAUUAAAAAGCUCUAGAUCAUUUGCUGAUGUUAAGCGGUAUGACCGUAUAAUAACGAACUUUUGUAGAGAAAAAAUAAAUUAAGGCAAAUCGGAACGACGUUUUAAAACUGUCAAGUCUAGAAUAAAAUUUUCAUAGAAAAAAAAAUCGAAAUGUAAAAAAAACGUAUAUAAACAGCAAAUGUAGGAUAAGCUAUUUUGUUCAGUAUAGGCCACACAUGGAGGAUAAGCUAUUUUGUUCAGUAUAGGCCACACGCGGUUUAGUAGCGGGUGCUCAUUUUGUCGUGUUUUUCUUUUCCGAUGUUAAUGGAAAUUUAAAGAAAAUGCAAAUAACUAUGUGAAGCUUGUGACCUUACGUUGAAAUCAAUAAAUCAUUUAGAUAUU